UUGCAGAUGGCGGAAGUGUCGGAGGAUGAUGCUUUGGAUCCGGAGGUUGGUGGGGUGGUAUGUGAGGAUGAGGGGGAUUCUGUUUUGGUUUUUAUUGUGGGGAGGGGGUUUGAGGGAUGAGUUGCAGGAGACACAGUCGAGGACAUUCUCGACCACUGAGUGGGGGAAGUUGCGGUCCUUGAAAAACGAGUACAUCUGAGAUGAGGACAUCUCCCCUCCCCCUACUGCAUCCCAAAAUUGGCCCAGCUCAUCCCCUCCUACCUAACCUGUCCUUCCUCCCACCUAUCUGCUCAUCCCACCUCAGGCCCCACCCCCAUCUCCUACCUACCACCCUCAUCCCGUCCCCUUGACGUGUUCAUCCUCCCUGGACUGACCUAUCUCCUCCCUAACUCCCUUUACUAGCUCCAUCCCCGCCUCUUUGACCUGUCUGUCUCCUCUCCACCUAUCUUCUCCUCCAUCCAUCUUCUAUCCCUCUCCCCAUCUCUCCCCUCCCCCAUUUCUGAAGAAAGAUCUAGGCCCGAAACGUCAGCGUUCCUGCUCCUCUCAUGCUGCUUGGCCUGCUGUGUUCAAUCAGGUCCACACCUUGUUAUCCUCAAAAAUAACUUCAUUGGACAUUAUCUUAUUUGUUUGAGGGAGUCUGGUGUGAGUAAAUAUCUGCUGCAUUUCCUUUGUUACAAUGGAGAUGCUUAAAAGUACUUGAUAAGCUCUAACAUGCUUUGAGAUAUUAGGUAGUUACAACAAGUGCUAUAAUAAUGCAAAGUCCUUGUUUACCUCCACUAUCUUCCUCAGAAAUCUGUGAGAUAGAACAAAAUUCAUACACUGAAGUACUUUCACAAGUUAAUUCACAGUCCCUUUAUCCCCCUUGAGCACAGGCCAUGUCGCUUGUUUUACUGCCCUUGAGAUAAAACAAGGUAUCAUGGUCAAUAUUUAUUUGGAUAUGAGUGAUGCGGGUCUAUUUCUGACUUAAUGCUAGUCCUCUGCAGUGGAAUUAACUGUCAGAUACUAAGUAAAGCCAAAUGUUGUCAGGGUGCAUUGGUAAAUGAAUGGAAAUGGUUUUGAGUGCUCAUGUCAACAGUAUUUCUGUACCACAUAAUUAUGCAGUUGCAUAAGUUUCCAAGGGUCUGGAUAUGAGAUUGGAGAAUAUAAGAGCUUAUUUGUCUUGGUAGUCACAUCAUUAUUAAAGAGAACUUCUUAUACUACACACAUACACUUAAAAUUCAUGAAGUAUAUUUACACAUAACUUUAUUGGAACUUUAUUUGACACUUUACUGUCAAAUAAAUAACAAAGUUAUGAUUAAUUAAUAUCACAUUACAAUGUUAACACAUUAUCAUUGAUCCCCAUAAAACAGUUGCGACUGGGAAAAGAUCAUGCCAGAAGUCUCUAAAAUAUACCAAUGUGGUAUUGAGUCAAGAUAUUCAUGAUUAAACUAAGUCAUUUAUUUUCAGCUCAUGUGUGGUAAACCAAGAAAGGUUUAGCUCAUUCUGGAAAUGUCUGGAUUCCUGGCAGUAGAAUAUAUAAGGUGUGUGGCCUGUGUGCAGCAGCAGAUCAGAGGCUGACGACUGGGAGAUCACAUCAGUCAGUUUGAGAGACGUGAGAGAAGAAGCAGAGACAAUGCUGAGCUUUCGAUCUUUCCACCCUUCACGCCUGUGCCAGCAGCCUGUGUACACAUUGGGGCCUGUUGAACACAGGCUCUGGGAGCCGCUUCAAUGUAACGUGUGGAAACAGGUGGAAGAAGCGAGAAGGAGCAUGAACUUCAUGAAUCGAGUCCUUGAGUUGACAGCAGAAUUUUUCGGGGAAGUGCCAAAACAUCAGGAUAACAAGUCCGAUGCUAAUGGAGAAAGAAAAAGACAUUCUGAAGACAAAGAUGGAGAUGGCUUUUCUGUGUCGCUGAAUGUCCAGGGCUUUCCCCCAGAAGAACUGAGGGUGAACGUAUUUGGAAGAAAAGUGCUGGUGACAGGAAAACACAAGAAGAAAUGUGAUGAUGGCAGCGGCUCUUACAGCUACAAAUAUGAAGAGUUCAGGAGAGAAUUCCAGCUGCCAGAGGGUGUCGAUGCUGAAGUUCUUCGAUGCUGUUUGUCGCAGGAUGGUCGGUUAAAGGUUCAAGCCCCAAGCCUGGCAUUGCCAGCUGUGAAUGAACGGACCGUCCCCAUCAACAUCACCUCAGACACGACAACUACUCCCCGGCUCAUUCCUGACCAAGAAGCAAAGAAACAGGAGAGUGGGAGGGAUGUGGGAAACAAGAAAGAUGAAGAACAGAUGGACAAUUAAAACUCAGUCACAAUGAAGUUUUUUAGAUAUUAGAAUUGUUUUUAUACAGUAAUGAAUUUCUGAGACCACGAUGAAAGUAUAUUGCUGAAAACCAAUUGUCUUCAGCUUGUCAGUAUGUACUGUCCUAUUAU